GACCGCGCGUUUAGAGCUGUGAAGAUCAGAGACUCGGGGUGGUGCGGGGGGGGGCGGAGGCGGCUCCAGCGACUGAAAGGGACUUGCGACUCUCUCCGGCCGCGCACCAUGAGGGCCCUGUGGGUGCUGGGCCUGUGCUGCGUCCUGCUGACCUUCGGGUCGGUGCGAGCUGACGAUGAAGUCGAUGUGGAAGGCACAGUGGAAGAAGACCUGGGUAAAAGCAGGGAAGGCUCCAGGACAGAUGAUGAAGUCGUACAGAGAGAGGAAGAAGCUAUCCAGUUGGAUGGGCUAAAUGCAUCCCAAAUAAGAGAACUUAGAGAGAAGUCUGAGAAGUUUGCCUUCCAGGCUGAAGUGAACAGGAUGAUGAAGCUCAUCAUCAACUCUCUGUAUAAGAAUAAGGAGAUUUUCCUGAGAGAACUGAUUUCAAAUGCUUCUGAUGCUUUAGAUAAGAUAAGGUUAAUAUCACUAACUGAUGAAACUGCACUUUCUGGAAAUGAGGAAUUAACAGUCAAAAUUAAGUGUGACAAGGAGAAAAACCUGCUGCAUGUCACAGACACUGGUGUAGGAAUGACCAGAGAAGAAUUGGUUAAAAACCUUGGGACCAUAGCCAAGUCUGGAACAAGCGAAUUUUUAAACAAGAUGACAGAGGCGCAAGAAGAUGGCCAGUCAACUUCUGAAUUGAUUGGCCAGUUUGGUGUUGGCUUCUAUUCUGCCUUCCUGGUGGCAGAUAAGGUGAUUGUCACAUCGAAACACAACAACGAUACCCAGCACAUCUGGGAAUCAGACUCCAAUGAGUUUUCUGUAAUUGCUGACCCAAGAGGAAACACCCUAGGACGAGGAACAACAAUUACCCUUGUCUUAAAAGAAGAAGCUUCUGAUUACCUGGAAUUGGAUACAAUUAAGAACCUCGUCAAGAAGUAUUCUCAGUUCAUCAACUUCCCUAUUUACGUAUGGAGCAGCAAGACCGAGACGGUGGAGGAGCCCAUGGAGGAGGAGGAAGCAGCCAAAGAAGAGAAGGAGGAAGCUGAUGAUGAAGCUGCCGUGGAAGAGGAGGAGGAAGAGAAGAAGCCAAAAACCAAGAAGGUUGAAAAAACUGUGUGGGAUUGGGAACUUAUGAAUGACAUCAAACCAAUAUGGCAGAGACCAUCAAAAGAAGUAGAGGAAGAUGAAUACAAAGCUUUCUACAAGUCAUUCUCAAAGGAAAGUGAUGACCCCAUGGCUUACAUCCACUUCACUGCUGAAGGAGAAGUUACCUUCAAAUCAAUUUUGUUUGUACCCACGUCUGCUCCACGUGGUCUGUUUGAUGAAUAUGGAUCUAAGAAGAGUGAUUAUAUUAAGCUGUACGUGCGCAGAGUAUUCAUCACAGAUGACUUCCAUGACAUGAUGCCCAAGUACCUCAAUUUUGUCAAGGGUGUUGUGGACUCGGAUGAUCUCCCCCUGAACGUGUCCCGUGAGACUCUGCAGCAGCAUAAACUGCUUAAGGUGAUUCGGAAGAAGCUUGUCCGUAAAACUCUGGACAUGAUCAAGAAGAUUGCAGAUGAGAAGUACAAUGAUACUUUCUGGAAAGAAUUUGGCACCAACAUCAAACUUGGUGUGAUUGAAGACCACUCAAAUCGAACACGUCUUGCUAAACUUCUUAGGUUCCAGUCUUCUCAUCAUGCAACUGACAUUACUAGUCUAGACCAAUAUGUAGAAAGAAUGAAGGAAAAACAGGACAAAAUCUACUUCAUGGCUGGGUCUAGUAGAAAAGAGGCUGAAUCUUCUCCAUUUGUUGAGCGACUCCUGAAAAAGGGCUAUGAAGUUAUUUACCUCACAGAACCUGUGGAUGAGUACUGCAUUCAGGCCCUUCCUGAGUUUGAUGGGAAACGGUUCCAGAAUGUUGCCAAGGAAGGAGUGAAGUUUGAUGAAAGUGAGAAAAGUAAGGAAAGUCGCGAAGCAACUGAGAAGGAAUUUAAGCCUCUGCUCGACUGGAUGAAAGAUAAAGCCCUAAAGGACAAGAUUGAAAAGGCUGUGGUGUCACAGCGCCUGACAGAAUCUCCUUGUGCUCUUGUGGCCAGUCAGUACGGAUGGUCAGGCAACAUGGAGAGGAUCAUGAAGGCACAAGCAUACCAGACGGGCAAGGAUAUUUCUACCAAUUAUUAUGCCAGUCAGAAGAAAACAUUUGAAAUUAAUCCCAGACAUCCACUGAUCAAAGACAUGCUUCGACGAAUUAAGGAAGACGAAGACGACAAAACAGUCUUGGAUCUUGCUGUAGUUCUGUUUGAAACUGCAACUCUUCGAUCAGGAUAUCUUCUGCCAGAUACCAAAGCAUAUGGAGAUAGAAUAGAAAGAAUGCUUCGCCUCAGCUUAAACAUUGACCCUGAAGCAAAGGUGGAGGAAGAACCAGACGAGGAGCCCGAGGACACGGCGGACGAGGACGCGGAGCAGGACGAAGAGGAAGAUACGGAUGCGGGCACUGAAGAAGAAGAAGAAGCAGAAGAAGAAGAAGAAACAGCAAAGAAAUUUACAGACGAAAAAGAUGAAUUGUAAAUUACCCUCUCACCAUGGACCCUGUGUGGAGAGAGAAUGUGAAAUUUUUAAGUCGUUUCUUUUGAGAGACUCGUUUUGGAUGCUCCCCCAAACCUUCUCCCCUGCACUGUAACAUGUUGGGAUUGUGGGUCAAGGAAGAAGUGGGUUUUUUAGUUGAAUUUUUUUUAACAUUCCUCAUGAAUGUAAAUUUGUACUAUUUAACUGACUAUUCUUGGUUGUAAAAUCUUGUCAUGUGUAUAAAAAUAAAAAAGGUCCCAAAUA